GUGUGGGCGGAGAAACCCGGUCCCACCCACCCCGCGGCUACCCUGAUCCCGACCGCCCCCUGGGGACCCGCGGCGCCCCGGAGGACCCACGAGUGACCGGGUUCGACGCAUGGCUGUGGGUGCGAGCCAUGGACGCCUUCAUCCGCUUCGCCAACCAGAGCCAGGGCCGGGACCGGCUUUUCAGAGCCACUCAGCACGCAUGCAUGUUGCUUAGAUAUCUGUUAGAGUCUAAAGCUGGCAAAGAGGCGGUGGUACUGAAACUCAAGAGUCUGGAGUCCAGUGUGAGCACUGGCCGUAAAUGGUUCAGACUAGGCAACGUGGUCCACGCCAUCCAGGCAACUGAACAGAGCAUCCGAGUCACAGACCUCGUGCCCCGCGUCUGCCUUACGCUAGCCAAUCUGAACCGUGUGAUUUAUUACGUCUGUGACACUGUCCUCUGGGUGAAGAGUGUGGGUCUUACCUCUGGAGUCAACAGGGAGAAAUGGCAAACGUGGGCGACCCGCCACUACUACUACUUCCUCCUGCUGAGCCUGGUCCGGGAUCUGUAUGAGAUCUUGCUGCAGAUGGAUCGGGUUGCCCGGGACAGGGCCAAGAGGGAGAAGUCAUCCCGGGCCCCUCCUGGGCACAGUGUGGUCGACGAAGAAACCGAAUGGCUCCAGUCCUUUCUCCUGCUCUUAUUCCGAUCCCUGAAGCGGCAUCCUCCCUUGCUCCUAGACACGGUGAAGAACUUCUGUGACAUCCUCAUCCCUUUGAACCAGCUCGGGAUCUACAAGUCCAAUCUUGGCAUCGUAGGACUUGGAGGUCUCGUGUCCUCUGUGGCCGGCCUCAUCACUGUAGUGUAUCCUCAGCUGAAACUGAAGACCCGAUAGUCUUUGGAGGCUUUAAAGCUGACAGCUUAGUGGAAUGAGCAUCGGGUUUUGUCACAGGGUCUUACUAAGCUUAAGUUUUUAAUCAUGUGAGUAUCUUACCAACUUGUAAUGUGAGAAGUGGGACCAAUAAUGGAUCAUGCACACUGAUAAUUUUUUUUUUUUCCAAGACAGGGUUUCUCUGUGUAGUUUUGGUGCCUGUCCUGGAUCUCGCUCUGUAG